AUGACGUAUUUCCGUUUUUCAUGCCCUGUUUGGGUGAUUCAGUACCGGUUCAAAUGUCCCCAACGUGGUUCAUGGUGUUUUCCAACGUGUGGAGUUAAUAGCAAGGAAAAGUUUAUUGCUCGUGGAGGAAGAGCAGUGAAAAUGGGUGAGUUCAAGGUGCACCGCGUUCGGUUCUUUGACUACAUGCCGAGUGCUAUCAGAGCCGUGGCGUUUAACAGCCGGACGGAGCGACUGGCUCUGGCCCGGGCUGAUGGAGCUGUGGAGAUCUUCAACUUCGCGGACCGCUAUUUUCAAGAAAAGGUCAUCCCAGGGCGGGACGGCAGGGCUGUUGAGGCUCUGUGCUGGGUGGGCCAGCGUCUGUUCAGUGCUGGUUUGAAUGGUGAGAUCACAGAGUAUGACCUGGAGAACCUUAGGCCCAAGUAUACUGUGGAGGCCUAUGGAGGACCAAUCUGGACCAUCUGUAGCAACAGUCAGGGAACACUGCUAACGGUUGGCUGUGAGGAUGGGACCGUGAAGGUCUUUGAAGUACUGGAGGGGAGGAUUCAGUUUCAGAGAAACCUUGACAGGCAGAAAGGUCGUAUUAUAUCGCUGUCCUGGCACCCCUCUGGUACACUGAUUGCUGCCGGGAUGAUGGACAUGAUCAGGAUCUUUGAUGCUGAGACAGGCCAUGCCACGCACAGACUGCUGGUGGAGAGAGGUGCUGGAGCAUCCAAGAGCAGAGAGGUUGUGGUUUGGAGUAUUGCCUUUCUGUCUGAUCACACAAUCAUCAGUGGUGAUUCUGCGGGGAAGGUCCAGGUUUGGGACGGACUCACAGGAACUCUGGUCAAAAGUCACCUGGUCACCAAGUGGGAUGUCCUGGCUCUGUCUGUCUCACAGGACGAGAGCAGUCUGGUAGCUGGGACGUCAGAGGGUACCGUCGUCCAGUUUCAGUUCAUCGCCUCCACUGUGGACCACGAGCACAGGGAGUGGGUUCGAACUAGGACCUUUAAAAACCACUCGCAUGAUGUGAGAGCGCUUGCUCACACUGAGACUGCUGUUGUUUCUGGAGGUAUGGACACCCAGCUGGUGGUGCGACCCCUGCUGGACAAGGUAGAGAAGAACACCCAGGAGUCAGCGCUUCGCAAAAUAGCCUUUCCACACAGAAGCCUGGUUUGCUGUGCAAAGAAAGCAGGACUGCUGCUCUUCCAGUUCCCUGAUCAUUUAGAGCUGUGGAGAGUAGGAGAAAGUGAUGGACAUGGAAAGCCUGGUGACAUUCUGUCUGUGAAGAGGAAACCAGAGAAACUGAUCCAGCUGAAGAGGAAGGGAGACGAUCAUAUCUUCAGCAGUGCUUUGUCUCCGUGUGGGGGCUGGCUGGCCUACUCUACGGUCUCUGGGGUCCGUCUCUACAGGCUACAGCACAACAACAUUGGCAUCAGCAAGGUGUCCAGACUACCUAAGGAGCUUCGCUCGGCCCAGCAGCUCUGUUUCUCCUCCGACUCCUCCAAACUCUUUGCUUCCUCCAGCAGUUCUUCAGUCGUUGUUGUUGCCCUCAGUCAGCAGGAGUGCAAAUACCGUCAUACUCUCAAACCCAAGUCAGGCUCCACGCAGCCAGUGCACCUGCUAUGUGCCAGUGAGGAUGGCAAAUGGCUUGCCGCAGCCAACACCGACUGUGAGGUCCAUGUGUAUGACCUUCACAAGCAAAAGCUACAUUGUACAGUCCCAGUGUACAGCUCCUGUCCCACUGCCAUCGCCAUCCACCCAACGACCAGCAACCUUGUUGUGGUGCAUGCUGACCAGCAGAUCUUUGAGUACUCUCUGGUGCACAAAGAAUACACAGAGUGGAGUCGGAAGCUGCAGAAACAAGGACUGCACUCUUUGUGGUUGGAGAGGGACACGCCUGUCACCCAUGUCACCUUCAGCCCUAAAAAUCCAGCUCACAUCCUGCUGCACGAUAUGUUCAUGUUCUGCGUCAUUGACCAGAGUCUGCCCCUUCCUGAAGCAAACACCAUGCUAUACAAUCAGAUGACACUGAGGAGCCUCCCUGAGCAAGAGCGGAUCAGACACAGCCAUGCCUUUAAGAUAUGCAAGAAUUUCCAGCACCUCUUGUGUGUGAGUUUACUGGAGGACCAUUCUCUGGUUGUGGUGGAGCGCCCCCUGCUGGACAUCAUGUCUCAGCUGCCUGCACCUGUCCGACAGAAGAAGUUUGCCACAUAAACGAAGCAAAGCAGGAUUCCUGGAGGUGUUUUUAGCCCACGUAGUUAACAUCGUUGUGUCAAUUCACUGUGACUCCAACAUCUAAAGUCAUUUUUAACAAGUCUUCAUGUGUCAUCGCUUUUGUAAAAAAAAACAAUACUUUGAUAAAGUAAUAAAUAGAUCUAUUUACUGUCA